AUGGGUUGUUGCUUUAGUGCCAAGGUCAAAGCUGAGAGUCCUACACAUAAUAAUGGUUUGAAUUCAAAGGUUGUUGGGAAAGAAGAGGAUGUUUUGAGUGGUAUAAGCAGGAAGGCCUCUUCUUCACACUUGCUUCUAAGUUCUAGAACUGAGGGUGAGAUAUUGCAAUGCCCCAAUUUGAAGUGUUUCACAAUCAAUGAGAUAAGAACCGCGACAAGGAACUUUCGUCCGGAUAGUAUGGUGGGAGAAGGUGGAUUUGGUUGUGUAUUUAAGGGUUGGAUUGACGAACAUACACUUGCUCCGACUAAACCAGGUACUGGUUUUGUCAUCGCGGUGAAGAGGCUUAACCAAGAAAGCAGUCAAGGACAUAGCGAAUGGUUGACAGAAAUCAAUUAUCUGGGACAACUGCGUCAUCCUAAUCUUGUGAAACUAAUUGGUUACUGCUUAGAGGAUGAUUACCGGAUUUUGGUAUAUGAAUUUAUAACCAAGGGAAGUUUGGAUAAUCAUUUGUUUAGAAGGGCUUCUUACUUUCAGCCACUCUCAUGGAAAAUCCGAAUGAAGAUAGCUCUUGAUGCUGCUAAAGGUCUUGCAUUUCUUCAUAGUGAUGAAGUCGAAGUGAUAUAUCGAGACUUCAAAACUUCGAAUAUCUUGAUUGAUUCUAACUAUAAUGCAAAACUCUCUGAUUUUGGGAUGGCAAAAGAUGGACCAGAAGGCGGUAAGAGCCACGUAUCUACAAGGAUAAUGGGCACCCCAGGUUAUGCAGCUCCCGAGUAUCUAGCCACAGGUCACCUAACCAAAAAGAGUGACGUAUACAGUUUUGGAGUUGUUCUUUUGGAAAUUAUGUCAGGCAAACGCACAUUGGAUACAAACCGGCCUUCUGGGGAGCAUAAUUUAGUCGAGUGGGCCAAACCAUUACUCGUGAGCAAACGCAAGAUCUCUCAAGUCAUGGACGCUCGUAUAGAAGGCCAGUAUUCGUUGCGUGAAGCAGUGAAAGUAGCUCACAUUGCAAUUCUAUGCUUGUCGGCAGAACAAAAGUAUAGACCAAAUAUUGACGAGGUGGUAAGAUCGUUGGAACAACUUCAGGAUUCUAAUGACAAAACAGAUGGCCAUAGCUCAGGUAGUAGUGGUUUAAAACAUGGAAAAAGAGUCAAUGAAUCUUUAAGUGCAGAAGGUACUUCUAAUCUAAGUUCAUCAGCUUCUCCUCUUCAUAAGUAA